AUAUGGCACGAUCGCCUCGUACCUUCCCGACUAGCAGUAAUGAAUCCAGGAAGGCCUUUCAUCUGGGCAGGGUCUCCUUAAAAACGAUUUGAUGCACGAGACAUAGCAUACAUCUACCUCUAGUCGUGCCCCAAGUGUUUGUCGAUCGAUCCUUUUUUCAUAAUCCCCACCCAUCCACAGGAACCCGGCAUGUUGCGUGAGAUCUGAGAUAUUCGGGCAACAUGGCUGUGGACCUUGUUAUCCUGUCGGUGGUAUUCGUGUCCAUCACGGUGGUGUCCAUCGCGAUCCGGCUGUUUACGCGUACCGUGAUUCUCAAGAACAUUGGCGUUGAUGAUUAUCUGAUAUGUGUGGGGGCAGUCUUUGCGAUAGUGUGCUCGGUCACUCCCAUAGCGGCACUGCAAUAUGGCUUAGGCCGCCCUACAGCAGACCAGAAACCUGAGCAGGUGGCUCCCUAUCAGAAGCUCCUCCUCACAUCCUCGGUCACAUACAGCGUUUCCGCAACUUUCAUCAAGCUCUCGCUUCUGUCCUUUUACCUGCGUCUCUCCAAUGGACCAGCCUUCUCCGCGCUCGUAUACUGCGUCAUUUUCGCCGUCAUCGGUUUCGGCAUUGGCAGCAUCACAGCCGUUCUUCUCCAGUGCCUCCCGCUGUCUUCGUUAUGGGACGAAGAUGCAGCAGUAGGUGCCAAAUGCAUCAAGCUCGUCGACUUCUACUACGCCAACGCAGCGAUCAAUCUGACCGCCGAUGUGGUGAUUCUGUUUCUCCCGAUCAAGAUCCUGUGGGGACUGCACAUGCCGCUUAGACAGCGGAUUGGUCUCUGCGGCCUCUUUGGGCUUGGUGGACUAGCCACCGUCGCAGGCAUCAUCCGCCUCUCCUCGCUCAAAUCCCUCCUCGCGUCCAGCAACCCCACCAUCAACAUCGUCACCCCCCUAAACUGGUCCUUCAUCGAGCUCAACACGGCCAUCUUCAUCGCCGGCGCCCCCGCGCUCAAAGCCUUCCUACGCCAAUACAUGCCCGCGCUGCUGGGCUCUUCGUACAGCCCCACGGGCAUCACAAAGUACGGCUCGAGCAACAAGACGGGCACAAAGUCGCGACCGACAAAGCACAACAGCAUCCCCCUGGGCAGCGUGAGCGACAAGAACGGGUCGAAGUGGGUCAAGAACACGGCGGUGGUGAGCAGCGGGCCGGGGCACGAGAACGGCAACGGCGAGCGCGACAGCGACAAUGACAGCCAGGAGAACAUUCUGCAGAACUACCACGGGAUCCUGCAGGAGGUCACGGUGAGCGUCAAGUCGGAGCGGAAGAGCGAGGAGGGGCGGUCCAUGAGCAGUGGCAAGGCGGACUAUUGAGCGCACGUGCAUGUGGUGCGAUGAGACGAGGUGUAAUGGACGUUACGACUGCGCCUUCUGGCAACCAACGCGAAUAGACUAGCCGCCAUAUAGAUUCCCAACUGAGCGUUCUCGUACAAGUCCAGUUCGGUCCACACUCCGCGCGCGAGUCGCGUCAAACUUUCGAGUCUGGAGGCGUCCGCCGAUCACUCGUGUUAAACACGGGUUCUCCAUCUGCUCCGCGCCGUACAGGCGGAGACA